AUGCCACCCCAUCCUCUCACCCACCUCCCCCUCCAUUUCGGACCUUUCGUCGUGACGCCGCAAGUCUUCCACCUGACGCCGCUCAGCUAUGCGCUCGUGAACCUCAAGCCGCUGCUGCCGGGCCACGUGCUCGUGUGCCCGCGCCGCGUCGUCCCGCGCUUCACGUCGCUCACGUCCGCCGAGGUGACGGACCUUUUCGCCACGGUGCAGCGCGUCUCGCGCGUCAUAGAGCGCGUCUACGGGUCACACGCGCUCAACAUUGCCAUCCAGGACGGCCUCGCUGCCGGGCAGAGCGUCGAGCAUGUGCACUGUCAUGUCAUACCCCGGCAUGAUGCGGAUAUGGAAGCGAGGGGUGGUGGGGACAAGUUGUAUGACAUGAUGGACGGGGAGGAGGGGGAUAUUGGCGGCGAGUUGAGGAGGAGGCAAGUCGCGGAGAAGAAACGGAGGUUUGCGGGUCCCGAUGCGGAUAGAAAGCCGAGGAGUGAUGAGGAGAUGAGGAAGGAGGCGGAGAUGUUGGCAGAGGAGAUGGAGAAGGAACUUGAUUGA